AUGUCGAAUGCACUUGAGAGCAUCACUGCGGCGACGCAGCUUCGGCGCGCGGUGAUGGAGGCCCAGCGGGAGUUAGACGCCAAACGCGAGCUGUAUUUGACCCGCAUGGCCCGUGCGCAUGAGAUAGAGGAGACCAUUGCGCAGGGCCGCGCGAAGCUGCAAGACAAACUUGUGCGAUACUACAAGUUUAUUCAGGACAACGAGGUGAAACGUUCUCGUGCCAUGCGUAAGGCAGUUACGGAGGAGCGCAUUCGCAAGGAACGUGAGGCGCAGGUAGAGGAACUUACUAAAAAGCUUCAGAAUCUGCACGAUCGCAGCGAAGAGCUUCGAGGGUUAUACGAUGUAUAUUCGAGGUACCAACGUUACCUUGAGGAGGUGCUGCAGCGCAAUGAUAGUGACGAAUAUCAGGGGCCGCGCGACAUCAUACAGCGGUGGAACACACUGCAUGAAAACACAAAGGUGUUGCAGCGGCGUAAAACGCAGCUAGAGGAAGAGCUUCUGAGGAACAAGAAUGCUCUAAACGUGAAACGACAGCGAAAGAACAAUGAGAGUGUACAACUGCAGAACCAACUUAAUGAGUUGCAGGCGAGAUUUGGACAGCUCCAGAAGAAUAUUAAAAUUAAACAGGACGAGCUUGAGCGGUGCAUCAGUCAAAGAAGUACCACCUCACGUACCAUUAGCCAUGUGCGAAUGGCUUGUAAGAACCUUUACGAUCGCUGCAUCACGUGGACAGCGCCGUACUCAGGCCGCGGUAAGUUUGAGUCCAGGGAGGCGGACGUGCUUUUUCAACUUCAUGUUAUUGGCGACUGCUUGCGUGACUUCCAGGACGUGAUUGAGGCACACCAUCAACGACAGCAGCAACUGGCCUUGGCACGCGCCUCCAGAGAUGAUGACGCGUGA